CUUGAACUUAACGAAUUAUUCAUGAUCUUCGAAGAACGUUCACAUAAGCUCUCUCUCCUAGCGAUAUGAAUUUGUAUAUAUUUCCUCGAUUAACCUAAAGUACGGUUAACGUAUAUUCUUCCUGUAUCAAUGACCCGAUAGCCCAACAUGGAUCGGAACCCACCAACCCCUUCCGGUACUCCGGCACCUUACGGUCACGCCUGCGUGAGCUGUGCCCAGUCUAAAUGCAAGUGUAUUAUUCGUCCAGUUGGAGGUCCUUGUGAGAGGUGCUAUCGACUAAAUAGAGAAUGUCGGCCGGGAGAGUCAGUUCGGCGACGCAACCACAAACGGCCUGCUGUGACCAAACCGAAGAAGACGGCGCGGCUUGAAGAGAAGCUAGAUGGUCUGAUAUCACUUAUUAAAACCGGUGCAUCGGGUACUUCGGCCGUCGCAUCUCCCCAGCCCUCAGCCUCUACGGGCGCCUCCCCACCUAAUAACGGUAUCCAGGCAGAUCUUAAUGGUCAUCCCCAUCAUCAAUCUAAUGAAGGCUCACCUUCCACUGACCCAAAUGACCAUAUUCACAAUAUAAUGAGCCAAACUACGGACCCUGAUUAUACGGUUUCAUAUGAACCCUCCUUAGCUGAGGCGGAAGAAUAUCUUUCAAAUUUCAAGACCUACAAGUUAAAAUAUUUCCCAUUCGUUUACAUUCCAUCUACUACGACUGCCCAUCAGCUCCAGCAGGAGAAGCCGUUCUUAUGGCUUUGUAUAAUGGCAGUAGGUUCUAAGUCGACGUUACAGCAACAGAUUUUAGGUAAAAGAAUACGCCAAACCGUAGCACAGGAGAUGAUAAUUCGAUCUGUAAAGAGCAUGGAUCUUCUACUGGGGCUUCUAGCGUUCAUUGGCUGGGCCACCUACCAAGUCCAGCGCGAGCCUUUUCUAUCACUAUUUACUCAGCUUGCGGUGUCCUUGGUGUUUGACUUAGGACUCACGAAACCAGUUCUUAAAGAUCCCGAUUCGACGCUGUGUUGGAAUAGGAAGUAUUCAAGACCUGCCACACCACGGACAAUGGAGGAACGGCGAGCUGUGCUUAGCUGCUUUCUAAUUACGUCAAUAGUAUCUUCCUUUCUACAGAAAAUCGACGCGCUGCGCUGGACACCGCACAUGGAUGACUGCCUCCAAAAACUAAGCGAGGAGAACGAAUGUCCGAACGACGAGGUACUUGUAAAACAAGUACAGCUGCAAUUUAUCAUUGAGAAAACGAACCAGCAAGCCUCACAUGAUGGAGCGAGAGAGCCCACUUGUACAUAUCUUGAAAGCUUACAUUCACAGUUGCAAGACGUCAAAGAAAGCGUCUUGUGUAAGCCCCAGGGGAACGAGGUGCUACUUUUACAUUUAUAUAGCGCGGAGCUAGAGACUACACUUUCGCCAUUUCUUCAUGGCAAGCCAUUAACGUCUCAACAAGAAACUGUCAAUGCGAGCCUUACAUCGAUAAAAUCCUGGUUUGAUGUCUUCUUUACACUAACACCGGAUACCUAUAUUGGGUUCCCAUCUUCAAUACUUUCACAACUGCUGCGCUGCCUAGUCACACUCUACCGACUUAGGGUUAUGAGUGACCUAGCGUGCGUCGGAGAUAGUGUUGAGGUUAUGGAUCCCCUUCUCCUCUUAGAUCGCGUAGUUAGCAAUAUGGAACAGGUAGAAGUUCUUAGUGGUCUAGAUAACAGGGGCGUUCAGGAAAGAGACAUAUUCUUUCGAGCCGCACAGAUGUUUCGGGCUUUACGACCGGGGUGGGAAACAGAACUACGAUCAAAGGAACUUGCGCUCUCUAAUAACACUAUGCCGCAGAAUUUCGAUGAGGUCCCUAUGCAAGACUUCCUUGGAAUGGAUUUCUUGGACAUUGACUGGAUUACAGAUUUCUACGUCCCCCCGAAUUAGCCACUACUCAAUAUAUAAGGAUUAAGAGAUGUAUAUCGCUAGUAAAUCGAUGAUCCCAGACUAUUAGCUACCACCUACACCUUUCACUGUGAAAUAGAACAGGGGCGCAUUGGCUUUCAUUAUAUUGCAUAGGAUGGAUAUAAGAUCGCACGCCCUGGGAAACGGGGUCUUGUCUCCGACUCGCGAUCACGAAUUAUGAAUCUCGGGGUAACUUUUGCAAUAGUGUUGUAUGAGCGGAACGAUUAAAACGCCCGGCCACGCUAAAAGAAAAUGUCUUUAAUGAAGAUCCAGUUACGCGAGAGAUAUUCUCGCUUAGUUACCUUUGGAAUCAUCUGGACGUGGAGUAGAGAAGUAAUUGAGAUUGG